AUGGCCACGCUGCGAAGGCUUGGAGAGGCGCCCCGGCACUUACUAGUCUGCGAGAGAUCCGACUUCAGCCACCACACGUCACGCCACCGGCAUCUAGUGGAGGCGCACUAUCACAAUUACCGGGUAUCAUUUCUCAUUCCUGAAUGUGAGAUACUACCCAAACAACUGAAAAGCCUCGUCAAGGAAACUGGACCCAAUUAUUGUGUGAAGAAUUUACCUCUUCAGAAAUUAAAUACACAUGAAUUCAUUAACACUUUUGUAAGGAAAGGCUUGAAAUCACUGACUGGGGCUGUUUCUGAGCUGCUUCCACUGGCACUGUACCACUUGAGCCAAACCUCAAUGACUGGAGUGGCUUUGCACUGUGAUCCUUUGAACUGUGACAGCAGUCUUUUGAGUUCCUGCUAUGCACUGACGUUCAAUACAUAUAUUGAUGAAGAUAACACUGUUGGUCUGCUACCCAAUGACCAAAUUCAGAAACAUCAUCCUAAAGUAGAGCUGAGCACAGUGAACAAUUUGCAGUGUCUGGUGCUGCAGAGCAGUGAGCUCAAGGGAGAGAGAGCGAGCCAGAGUCAUCCUGCGGUGCCCAGAACUCUUUGACUGAUUGGGUGCAGUCUUCUGUAAUGCAGACCUGCAG